AUGAGCGCAUCAGCCAGUGUCGCCCGCCGGGCGGUCGUCCUUAACCCGUUCCUGGGCAACGGUCGCGCCAUAUCAAGGACUGCAAUGCGGUCUUCCUCGAUGCAACUGGCCAGAAACUCGAGGAUCCUCGCCCACCAGAACCCUGCGCUUGCUCUUCUUAUACCCGUGCGGAACCUCUCGACCGAGACGCACGCCAGCUCGGGCCCGCCAUCCGGUCCCCCGCCUGGCUUCGAUGCAGAGAAAGCCAAGAAACCCCUGCCUAAAGAGUCUCAAAACGCAGCCCCGAAGACCUCUGCCGAGCAGAAGCAGGCCGAUGCCGACGAGUUGAAGAAGACAGCCCAGGAGGCUGCUUCCCGACCUGCUUCCCUCUCCGAACUUGCCGCCGAGAAGGAGUCGGCAGCGGAGAAGAAAGAGGCCAAGAAAGAGGACAAGAAGUUGACCCUGGGUCAAAAGAUCAAGAAAGAAGUUCAGCACUACUGGGAUGGCACCAAGCUGCUGGCCACCGAGGUCAAGAUCAGCAGCCGGCUCGCGCUCAAGAUGGCAGCUGGUUAUGAGCUCACCAGGAGGGAAAACAGGCAACUCCAGCGCACUGUACAGGAUCUUGGCCGGCUUGUUCCUUUCUCCGUCUUUGUCAUUGUGCCAUUCGCCGAGUUGCUUCUUCCCGUUGCACUGAAGCUCUUCCCCAACCUGUUGCCCAGCACGUACGAAGGGCAGAAGUCCAAGGACAAGAAGGCCUCUACGCUCAGACUGACCCGCAAGGAGGUCAGCUCCUUCCUGCAGCAGACGCUGAAGGAGACCGGCCUGCCGCUGACCCCCGCGACCGCACAGAAGGAGGAGUUCACCAACUUCUUCCGCAAGGUCAGGGCAACCGGAGAGCAGCCCACUGCCCAGGAUGUGAUCAAAGUAUGCAAGAUUUUCAAGGACGAUCUCACCCUAGACAACCUGUCCAGGCCGCAGUUGGUCUCCAUGUGCCGAUACAUGAACCUCAACACGUUUGGUACCGAUAUGAUGCUCCGGUAUCAAAUCCGCCACAGGAUGCGGCAGAUCAAGCGCGACGACCGAGCUAUCAGCUUUGAGGGCGUGGAGAGUCUGACGGUAUCAGAGUUGCAGACGGCAUGUGCGAGCAGGGGCAUCAAGUCCCACGGAGUGUCGCCGGCGAGGCUGCGGGAGGAUCUUCAGACCUGGCUGGACCUGCGUCUCAAGGAAGGUGUCCCGUCCACUCUGCUUGUCCUGAGCAACGCCUACAUGUACGGCCAGUCGAGCACGGCCGAGUCGGGCGCCGCCACUCAGAUCGAGGCGCUCACCGGUGUUCUGUCAGCCAUCCCUGAGGAGCUCUUCCACGAGAUCGAACUCGAGGUUCAUAACGCUGAAGGUGCUGCUACCAACAAGCAGCGUCUCGAGGUUCUCAAGGAGCAGCAGGACCUCAUCGAGGAGGAGAAUGAGCAGAACCAGGAGAACCAGGAGACAGGGUUUGCCACCCCCAGGGAUGUGGACGACAUCGACGAGAAGGAGGAGAGGCAGCUGCAUGCCGAAUCUCAUGGCCUCGAGAAGGCGCAGGUCAGCGAAGCAGUGGAUGCCGAGAAGGACCACAUCGACGCGGUCAGGCGUGAUGAGGCGGAGAAGUCGGCCAAGGGUGGCGACAACUAG